GCUAAUAUAUGGCAGUACCGUGCUGAAAUCUAGAUGGUCUACAGAACCUGCGUCCGUGGAGGCCCGUCGAGGGAGUGCCUCCAGAGCUUGUCGCUGCAGCGACUGUUUUACGAUCGCGCUCACGUGCGUGAUAUCGCUUUCAUCACCCUGCCCAGCUAAGUCAUCGGUUCCCCUGGGCCCUGGCCACGUCUCUCAGACCAUACCAUCGCGCGGCAAGGUCGCCACUAGCGCAUCCCUCGACUUUCUUGGUCUCAUCCAACCCAACUCCAUUCGGUCUUUCGCAUAUCAUGGCCUCAGUACCCGGCCCUUCCCUCGGUCCUCAUCAUCAACACAUCGUUAAUCGAAAGUACCAGCCUUGCCCGACACUACUCAGCAAAUACACUCCGGAUCAACUGGUCACUUACUGCCCUCACUGCGACCGCUUUGUCGCGGUCUGCUGCGAAUGUGACGUUCGUCCGGGCAAGCAAAAACGGGUGUGCCAUCGCUUCCGAGUGGUCUACACAGACGGUGCAUGUCCCAACAACGGCGAGCCAACCGCAACGGCUGGUGUGGGCGUCGCCUUCGGACCCACUGUGGAUCCGGACCGUCGAUUGUCCGUCCCCGUGGACGACGAUAUCGACUCACAUCCCACAAGGUCCAGCCAGCGCGCGGAGUUGUUAGCUGCUAUCCUGGCACUCGGAUUCAUCGAGAACACGGCGAAAAGGUCACGCACUGGCGACGAGUGCUUGUUGAGCCCGCAUCAUGCGUCGGAAACCGCCCAGUGGAUCGUCGCGACAGACUCGGACUAUCUAUUUCAAGGCAUAACAGACUGGGUACCGAACAAGUGGAUGCCCAACGGGAUGCGCACGGCUCAAGGGCGUGAACCGGCCAAUAGGGACCUGUUUUUGGGGCUUGAAAUAAGCCUGAGCGUCCUGGAAGAAAAGUAUAAUACCCGUGUCGGUUUCUGGCAUAUCCCACGCAAAAUGAAUACCAUCGCCGACGGACUGGCCAAGGCGGCGGCCGAGCAUGGCACUAUUGCUUCGCGAUUUCGCAUGCCUGACCGAGAUGUUGAGACUGUCCUCGUACUGUAGGACUCGAAGGAAUGGGCUGGUCUCUAGCCAUGUCAGACAAGAAGCCGUUCAUACGCGACGGCGCUGGAUUAAGCAGUACGGUCAAGUUUGUAUUUGAAGUCUUGGUCCGCGAUAAGUAGUAGACGUUCUACUAUGUCGAGAGUUUGCGCUUGGGCUGACUCACUGGCCCAGCGGUUGCGGCACCUCAGCGAGUAGCGGCGCGAUAGGAGCCUCGACGGGAUUGAUCAUACGACCGGGUCCGACUUCUGGAGCAUCGUCGACGAAGUAAGAAGCAAAGCCCGACGACCAAUCGACGACCGUGACUGUGGACGGUGUAGCCAGCCACAUGCGCAUCAUAUGCUUACGUUGUCAACUUGUAG